ACCCUUUGAUAUACACGUACCGACAAGCACAUCCUUCCUUCUUUCGGCAGCUGGAUAGUCCGCGGAUGUGAUAUUUACACAUGACGUACACGGCGGCUCGUCGUGCCUGAACCCCGCAUCGUGGCUCGUUGCAGUAUCUACCACCGGGAUAAUGAUGAAGCUAUCGCCGCAAAGCCCGACCUUGACGGCUAUGUACUCGAUUGGGAAGUAUGUGGUGCAGACACGGAGAAAAUGCCGUCGUUGCAGAGUAUAUGAAGUGCGUGCCGCCUUACAAUGUGGUGGUUCAUUCACGCCUCUCUGUUGCUCGCCCCACCACAGCCUUGCGAAACCCAAGUACCCCACUAAACACCAAUCCGCAAGCGAUCCACUGAUUUGCGAUCAUGCCGGAUAAGCUCGAUGUGCAGGGUCUCCUCCAGGAGUCCAAGGCUGAAUACAAACGCCUAGGAAAGAGUGGCCUGAAGGUCUCAGUACCUAUCCUGGGUGCCAUGAGCAUUGGUUCCUCUAAAUGGCAGCCCUGGGUCAUUGAAGAAGAAGAGUCGCUACCGCUACUGAAAGCUGCGUACGAUCGCGGUCUUACGACUUGGGAUACCGCCAAUGUCUAUUCCAAUGGCGUCUCCGAAGAGCUCGUUGGCAAAGCAAUCAAGAAGUACGACUUGCCUCGUGAGAAGCUCGUCAUCCUCACGAAGUGCUUUGGUUACGUUGGCGAAGAUCCAGGUCUACGUACGAUCCAGUAUGGCACGGAGCUGCCUCAGUUGAAAGACUACGUGAAUCAAGGUGGUCUGUCACGGCAAGCAAUCUUCAACGCCGUCAAUGCAUCGCUCAAGCGUCUCGAUCUGGAGUAUAUCGAUCUUCUACAAAUCCAUCGCUACGAUCCAAAUACACCUCUCGAGGAAACCAUGGAGGCACUGCACGAUCUGGUCAAGAGUGGAAAAGUCAGGUACAUAGGUGCCAGCUCCAUGUGGGCAGUCCAGUUUGCGCAAAUGCAGUUUACUGCUGAGAAGAAUGGUUGGACCAAAUUCAUCAGCAUGCAGAACCAUUACAACCUGCUAUAUCGCGAGGAAGAGCGUGAGAUGAAUCGAUUCUGCAAUGACACUGGCGUUGGUCUUAUUCCGUGGGCACCACUAUGCCGUGGCCAUCUCGCUCGCCCUCCCUCGGCAUUCGGCUCGACCACUCGUUCAGAAGGGGAACAGAAGGCUGGCAAUCAGACCUCUGGUAACAACGAGCGUGACAAGAAGAUCAUCGGCCGUGUCGAAGAGAUUGCAAAGAAGCAUGACUGGAAGAUGAGCCAUGUUGCGCUAGCAUGGAUCAACAAGCGUGUUGCGAGUCCCAUCAUCGGUUUCUCCAGUGUAGACAGGAUGGAUGAGGCACUUGCAGCAAGGGGCAAGGAGUUGACUGAGGAAGAGGAGAAGUACCUCGAAGAGCUUUACGAGCCCGUUAGGAUUGUUGGACAUUCAUAGAGAAGUCACGCGAUGAGCUCUGAACGAGUACACGCAAGUGACUAGCAAGACAAUGAUGCGCACUAUUACACGAGAUGUUGAGCUAUUUCGACCUUCCAUGUUGCUUUUUCAAGUUGAC